GGUGUCGCUGACGCCGCGGCGGCCUCCGGCGGCUCCGGCCUUUUGUGCGGCCGGUGGGGUCGGGUGGGGGCGGCGGGCCGAGGCAGGCGAGGCCUGGGAGGCCCAGCUCAGAGCAGCCGGCCCGGCCCUACCCUGUGGCCCCGGCGCCGCAUCCAUGUUCGAAGGCAGUUUGUGGGGACCAGGAAGCCUGGGCAUCUGUGGAAGUGACAACAUCAUUCUCUUCCGAGUCCCCGCCCCAUAACGGUCCUCUCCCCACUCUGACCCCUCCCAUUACUCUGCCACCACUGAUUGGAUGGUAUUGGUACUUCCUCUUUGUGGUAAGAACUAAGAGGGCAAAGAAGAGUAAGAGCGGUAUGGACAGAGGAACUGAUGACGUGGGCAGAGCUGGCAGGGAGGAAAGGAGAACAAGGAAGAAAGAGCGUUCCUGCAGGAGGCAAUUCAACACGCACCCGGAAUAGACAUGUGUCCCUCAUCGGGUUGGAAGGAAUCCUUCUCUGAGAGAAAAACAGGCUGUGCCUCUGUCUCGGAGCCUCAGUUCCCUCCAUGAAACUGAACCAGCACGGCACCACACCCCACUCUGGCCGGAGCUCACCAAGCAGCUCCCCCUCUCUGCGAAAGCGGCUGCAGCUCUUGCCCCCUAGCCGGCCCCCUCCUGCCCCUGAGCCAGAACCAGGCACCAUGGUAGAGAAGGGAUCUGAUAGCUCUUCAGAGAAGGGUGGGGUGCCUGGGACCCCCAGCACCCAGAGCCUGGGUAGCCGGAACUUCAUCCGCAACAGUAAGAAGAUGCAGAGCUGGUACAGUAUGCUGAGCCCCACAUAUAAACAGCGCAACGAGGACUUCCGGAAACUGUUCAGUAAACUCCCCGAGGCCGAGCGCCUCAUCGUGGAUUACUCCUGCGCCCUGCAGAGGGAGAUCCUCCUGCAAGGCCGCCUCUACCUCUCUGAAAACUGGAUAUGUUUCUAUAGCAACAUCUUCCGCUGGGAGACCACGAUUUCCAUCCAGUUGAAGGAAGUGACCUGUCUAAAGAAGGAAAAGACGGCCAAGUUGAUCCCCAAUGCCAUCCAGAUCUGCACAGAGAGUGAGAAGCAUUUCUUCACCUCCUUUGGGGCCCGGGACCGCUGCUUUCUCCUCAUCUUCCGCCUCUGGCAGAAUGCGCUACUGGAAAAGACACUGAGUCCCAGGGAGCUCUGGCACCUGGUUCAUCAGUGCUACGGCUCAGAGCUGGGUCUCACCAGUGAGGACGAAGACUAUGUCUGCCCCUUGCAGCUGAAUGGUCUGGGGAGUCCCAAAGAGGUAGGAGAUGUGAUCGCACUCAGUGACAUCACCCCCUCGGGGGCAGCCGACCACAGUCAAGAGCCGAGCCCUGUGGGUUCCAGGCGUGGUCGAGUUACCCCCAACCUCUCCCGAGCCAGCAGUGAUGCAGACCAUGGGGCAGAGGAAGACAAGGAGGAACAGACGGACAGCCAGCUGGAUGCCUCUUCUAGUCAGACGGUGACCCCAGUCACAGAACCUCCAAGUACAGAACCUGCCCCAGCAGAUGGGCCCACCUCUCUGGGCCCCUUGGAUCUGCUUCCAAGAGAGGAGCUGUUGACCGAUACGAGUAACUCCUCUUCAUCCACAGGAGAGGAAGGUGACCUGGCCGCCCUGCUUCCCGACCUCUCUGGCCGGCUCCUCAUCAACUCUGUCUUCCACGUGGGAGCCGAGCGUCUUCAGCAAAUGCUCUUCUCUGACUCGCCCUUCCUCCAGGGUUUCCUGCAACAGUGCAAGUUCACAGAUGUGACCUUGAGCCCCUGGAGCAGUGACAGCAAAUGCCACCAGCGCAGAGUCCUGACCUACACCAUUCCCAUCAACAACCCUCUGGGCCCCAAGAGCGCCUCCGUGGUGGAGACACAGACUCUGUUCCGACGGGGCCCACAGGCUGGUGGAUGUGUGGUGGACUCUGAGGUGCUCACACAAGGCAUCCCGUACCAGGACUACUUCUACACUGCCCACCGCUACUGUAUCCUGGGCCUGGCCCGGAACAAGGCCCGGCUUCGUGUGUCCUCAGAGAUCCGCUACCGAAAGCAGCCGUGGAGCCUCGUGAAGUCCCUCAUUGAGAAGAACUCAUGGAGCGGCAUUGAAGAUUAUUUCCACCAUCUGGAGCGAGAGCUCACCAAGGCCGAGAAGUUGUCCCUGGAGGAAGGAGGGAAGGAUGCUCGGGGGUUACUGUCAGGCCUGCGGAGGCGGAAGCGGCCCCUGAGCUGGAGGGGCCACGGAGAAGGGCCUCAGCACCCGGACCCAGACCCCUGUACCCGGACUGGCAUGCACACCUCAGGCUCCCUCAGCUCCCGCUUCUCAGAACCGUCCAUAGACCAGGGCCCUGGGGCAGGCAUCCCCAAUGCCCUGGUUCUCAUCAGCAUUGUGAUCUGUGUGAGCCUUAUUGUCCUCAUCGCCCUCAAUGCCCUCCUUUUUUACCGCCUCUGGUCUCUGGAGAGGACAGCUCACACCUUUGAGUCCUGGCAUAGCCUGGCUCUGGCCAAGGGCAAGUUCCCCCAGACGGCCACGGAGUGGGCAGAGAUCCUGGCUCUGCAGAAGCAGUUUCACAGUGUCGAGGUGCACAAGUGGAGGCAGAUCCUGCGGGCGUCUGUGGAGCUCCUAGAUGAGAUGAAGUUCUCGCUGGAGAAGCUGCAUCGGGGAAUCACCAUCCCGGACCCUCCUUUUGACACUCAGCAACAGACCGAUGAUGACAGCUUCUCCUGAAGAACCCUGGCCGCACAGCCAUACCCUCAAAUGGACAGAAGGACACACAGAAUCCCAGUGGCCACUGCUGGCACAGUGUGAGCGCCACCAGGAACCUCCUGCCUGCCCCUCCCAGUGGCCCUGCCAAGAGCCACCCAAACAUGGGGACCAUAAGAACUGAGAUGCACUUUAGACCUAUGUGUGUGCGAGUCCAGCUGCCACCCUCUGCCUGGCCAGGGAACUGGCCUGGCCUUUGGCAGGCUCCCCCACUAACUUAUUUUGCCCAGCUGAGGUUGUGGGGGGCACCCCCUGGGGUGCACGAGACCCUCAGCUUUGGGUUUAAUGUAUUAUAUUUAUUUGGGGAUGUCAGAGCUCCAAUAAAGGGUUGGAAAUGGC